AUGGGGAGCGCCAAGUCUGGAAACAGUGGUGGUUCUGGUGCUGUUUCGAGCAUCAGACAUGCUGUUUGUGCUGCUGUUGGGGACUAUGAUAUUCGCAGCAGCACAGGUACCAGCAGCGGCACAGCUGGUGGGGGCUGUGAUGGAAAGGGGUAUGGUCCUAGGGAGAUGGAAGGAAGAGAGGGUUUUUGGAGGGGAGAGGAGGAGGUAGAUUCCCAGGAAGAUUUUCCCUACUCUGAGGUGUUUGAGAGGGCGAGGAGAGAGACGAGAUCAAGGAGAGAGUCAGAAACUGAUGAGACGUCUCAAGGGGAAGAUUUAGAGGUGUUUGAGGCGAAUCAGAGGGAUAUAAGGGAGGAGAGAGAGGCGCUGGAGGGGUUUCCUUACUCAGAGGUGUUUGAGAGGGCAAGGAGAGAGGGGCGCGAGAUACAGGCUGCAAGGGGUAGCGUGGAAACAAGCGCGAGUGUGGGGUUAGCAGCAGCAAGAGAGACAACGAGGAUAGGAGCAGCAGAAAAAGCAGCUGUGGGUGUGGCGGCAACAAGAGAAGCGCUUUUGUCGUGUGAGAGUAGUGGAGAGGCAGCGAGGUUGCAGCAGAGAAUGGUGAGGGAGAUGGCUGCUGGGCGGUUAGUAGGAGGAGAAAAAGGAGGAGGAAGCGGAGGAAGAAGGGUCGAAACAGGGGGGCCGGGAGGAGAGAACAGGUUCGGUUCUGACCCUUCCGAACCUCUGCAAGUGGCGAGGGAUAGGUUGGGAAUUGGGACAGUUGGGGAGGAGCAGGAGAAGGGAGGAGGGCAGGAGGGAGAGGAGGAGAGGGGGAAGGGGGAUAUGGAGGAGAGGGGAGACGUGGAGAAGAGGAAGGAUGAUGGAUGGCACGUGGGGGAACCAAUGGAAAUGAACAGGAGAAAACAGCCCAAUGGAGUGGCAGUGCUGCUCCCCGAAGCUGCUGGAGAACCCACUUCCAACGAUGCUGGGAUGAACGCCAGUGGUGGCUCUGUGCUGAGUUUUAGUGCUGCAGGGCUGCAUACCCGUGGGGGCUUGGGUCCCAGCUCAAAUGCCCCAGGGCUGUGCAGGAGUGUGAGUGUCGGGGUGGUGGAGUGGGGGCGGGGGAGUGAGGGUGCGGCCAGGGGGCUGAAGCAGAUCAGUGAGUGGCUGGAGCGGCAGGAGGAGGAGGGGGCGGGGGAAGUGGGCAGUGGGGUGAGUGAAGUGAGAGUGGUGAGUGGGAUGAGUGAGGCGCAGGGGAGUAAGGGGUCUGUGGUUGGACGGGGAGAUGCUAGUGUGGUUGUGCCUAGCACCUCGUUUCCAUCCACUCACAGCGUGGUUCGCAUCACCCCAGCUCUUCAGGAGCCCUCACAGCGGCAAUUCUGGAGGAACCUGCCUCUCGCCCUGCCUACAGCCCCUGCUGCAGCAUCAGCAGCAGCAGAAGGAGCAGCAGCAGGAGGAGCAGCAGCAGGAGGAGCAAGUGGAGCAGGCGCAGUAGUGCUCCUCUCACAGGACUCCGAUGCAGCAUCUGCAUCAGCAUCAUCAUCAUCGUCAUCAGCAGCAGCAGCAGCAGCAGCAGCAGCAGCAGCAGCAGCAGCAGCAGCAGCAGCAGCAGCAGCAGCAGCAGCAGCAGCAGCAGCAGCAGCAGCAGCAGCAGCAGCAGCAGCAGCACCACCACCACCACCACCACCACCACCACCACCACCCACAACAGCGGCACCACCACCACCACCAAUCCCACCCAUAUCACCGAAUGCUUCCGGGCAGGCCGUCGGGCAGCUGGGAAAACAUAUCGAUGGGCGGAGACUUGGAGGAUGGUGGGGCUGGGCAGUUGGUUGGUGGGCAGCUGAGCCGAGUGCGAGUGAGCGACUAUCAGAUGCUUCAAGCCCACAAGGUGAGAUAGCAGAAGGUGAGAUAGCAGAAGGUGAGAUAGCAGAAGGUGAGAUCGCAGAAGGUGAGAUCGCAGAAGGUGAGAUAGCAGAAGGUGAGAUCGCAGAAGGUGAGAUCGCAGAAGGUGAGAUCGCAGAAGGUGAGAUCGCAGAAGGUGAGAUAGCAGAAGGUGAGAUCGCAGAAGGUGAGAUCGCAGAAGGUGAGAUAGCAGAAGGUGAGAUAGCAGAAGGUGAGAUCGCAGAAGGUGAGAUCGCAGAAGGUGAGAUAGCAGAAGGUGAGAUCGCAGAAGGUGAGAUCGCAGAAGGUGAGAUAGCAGAAGGUGAGAUCGCAGAAGGUGAGAUAGCAGAAGGUGAGAUCGCAGAAGGUGAGAUCGCAGAAGGUGAGAUAGCAGAAGGUGAGAUAGCAGAAGGUGAGAUAGCAGAAGGUGAGAUAGCAGAAGGUGAGAUAGCAGAAGGUGAGAUAGCAGAAGGUGAGAUCGCAGAAGGUGAGAUCGCAGAAGGUGAGAUAGCAGGUGAGAUCGCAGAAGCUGAGAUCGCACAAGGCAUCCCCAUGGCGCAUGUGCUGUGGCCUGCCCUCCGUGCUGCCAUGAACGACAUGUCACCAUGCAGCCAUCCCAAGUGCAUGGUGUUAUGA